GGAGGAGAUCCCCGGCCCUGGGGCGGACUUCGUGGACUUGCUUUGCGGGGAGCGAGGCGAAUGCGAGCCGCGGCGCAGCGACUCAUGAAGGUCUUCGUGACGCGGAGGAUCCCCCCGGAGGGGCUGGCGGUCUUGCACCAGUCUGGCGUUUGCAGUGUCCAGCAGUGGGAUUCGGAUGAGCCGAUUCCUCAGUCUGAGUUGCUGGCAGGAAUAGCUGGCAAGGAUGGUCUUUUGUGCCUCUUGUCCGACCGGAUAGACAAGGAAGUCCUGGAUGCAGCAGGGCCAACCCUCAAAGUAAUCAGUACAUUGUCUGUGGGAUAUGACCAUCUUGCUAUUCCUGAAAUUAAGAAACGUGGGAUCCGUGUGGGGUACACACCAGACAUCCUGACCGAUGCCACUGCUGAGCUCACUGUAGCUUUGCUCCUGGCAACGUCUCGCAGGCUGCCUGAAUCAGUGGUGGAAGUGAAGAAUGGAGGCUGGACAACAUGGAAGCCCCUCUGGAUGUGUGGCUAUGGACUUUCUGGCAGCACCGUUGGGAUUAUUGGGCUGGGAAGAAUAGGCCAGGCUGUAGCACACCGCCUGAAACCAUUUGGAGUCCAGAAAUUUUUGUACACUGGACGUCACCCCAAACCUGAAGCAGCUGUGGAGUUGGGAGCAGAAUUUGUACCCCUUGCCCAGCUAGCAGAGGAGUCUGACUUUGUCAUCGUAACCUGUUCUCUGACGCCGGACACUCAGGGGAUGUGCAGUCGGGACUUCUUCUGUAGGAUGAAGAAAACUUCUGUGUUCAUCAACACAAGCAGAGGUGCUGUGGUCAAUCAAGAUGACCUUUACGAAGCUUUAGUCAAUGGCCAUAUUGCUGCUGAUGGGCUAGAUGUUACAACCCCAGAACCUCUACCUAUAGACAAUCCAUUACUUUCUCUGAAGAACUGCGUAAUUUUGCCACACAUUGGAAGCGCCACCUAUGCAACAAGGAAUAAGAUGUCAGUGUUGGCUGCCAACAAUCUUCUGUCUGGCUUGGAAGGAGAAAGCAUGGCAAGUGAAGUCAGGCUGUGAGAAGCAACACCAGUCAGUGUGGACUGCCUUAACAUUUCUGGAAUAUUUUUGCCCCAGUAGCUACUAAAUGAUGCAAAUAAUGUUUCAAAUAAACUAACUUUCAUGCCAAACA